UGGCCGUGGUCUAUGAACGGUUGGUUGGAGGAGCAGGUAGAUCUGUUGUUGGAUGAGGGGAGGAACUUGCAAGAGGUGCUUGUCAGUGUGAGGGAUGUGUCUGAAGGGGUCAAGUGGGAGACAAAGGUAGGCCUGCUAUGGCCGCUGGAGAAGCUAAAGGGUAGGGUUAGGUUCACCGUGGGAGAAAUCACGGCGGCCGAUGAUGAAGAACAGGCUUUGAACUGCGACCUGGCGAGGUUCGUAAGAGAGCUGAACAGUGGAUAUACGGCUGGAUGAAAUGUAGUCAGCAUCCUGAUGCUUACAGUAUACCUGCCUCAUCUACUCUAGCGCGACGCUUGUUCCCCCGCUGCCCAAUUGCAGUGAGUCAUUUCCUACUACCUCAACCUCACGCUCAAUUACUCUGCCAAAACUCCACAACACUCCUGCUCAAAGAUGACUUCUUCGGAAAAUCCUCGCCUCGGAUGGAUUGGUCUGGGCUCGAUGGGCCUAGGUAUGGCAAACAACAUGCAAAAACACUUGAAAGAGAAAGACAUGCCGUCAAUGAGAUACUGGAACCGUACACUAUCUCGAGGUGAAGCAUUACAAGAAAUCGGCGGUAUCCCAUGCCAAUCAAUAGGCGACCUAGUCCAAAACUGCGACAUAAUCUUCAUCUCAGUCAGCAACGACGCCGUCCUAACCAACAUAAUCGACGAAAUCACAUCAAGCGGCCCCAUCCCAAGCAAAACAAUCGUAGACACAACAACCGUCCACCCCACCACCACCUCCGCCGUCGCCGCAAAACUCACCGCCCAAAACGCAUCCUACAUCGCCGCCCCCGUCUUCGGCGCCUCCCCGCUCGCCAUCGCAGGAACCCUACUCAUCGCCGUCGCGGGCCCCGACCCCGCCAUCCAAAAAACAUCCCCCUUCCUCCAAGGCGUCAUCGCCCGCGCCGUCAUCCCCGUCGGCCCAGACCCCGCGCAAGCCCUCCUGCUCAAAACGACCAGCAACCUCAUCACCGCGGGCAUGACGUACCUGCUCAGCGAAGCGCACACGCUGGCCGCCAAGUCGGGGCUGCCCGCCGCCGUGCUGGAAUCGCUCGUGGAGCAGAAUCUGGGGCCGUAUGCGCAUGGUGUGUCGAGGCGGUUGACGAGCGGUGCGUAUUUUCCCCCGCGCGGCGAGGAGGCGAUGUCCGGGUUGGAACUGGGGAUUAAGGAUGUGGCGCAUGGGGUGGGACUUGCGGGGGAGGUGGGCAUGCGGGUUCGGGUUGGAGAGCUUUAUCUGGAGGCUGCGAGGGAGGCGGAGAGGGUUGGGAGGGAGAGGGGGAGGGGGCUGGAUAGUAGUGCUGUUUUUGGGGUUGUGAGGGUGAGGGCGGGGUUGGAGUUUGAGACUGAGGGUGUGAGGGUGAGGGAGGGGAAGGGGAAGGAGUGA